AUGGCAACUUCCGAUAAUUAUUUUGAAUCGUCAGUAUCCAAUGAGUUAGCGAGUAUGAUAGAAGAAAUGAAAUGUUUAGCAACGGACACAGAACCAUUUGCUCCCACAAGGACAGAUGAAAUUGAUAAUUUAAUCAAUGUUGAAACAUUUGAACCUGUUCGUCAUUCGCUCAUAGAAGAAAGUGAAUCAGUACGCGAAAGUAGCGACGAAGAGGCUAAAGAUGCCAUAUUGGAUGUUUUAUGUAGUAGUUGGAAACGAAUCUAUCUGACAGCUAGUACCACUUUGAAUAGUGCCGCAGAAACAACAACUCAAUUAAGUAGUGAAAUUAUGGAAAUACAAUCGUGUGGCACAACUCCAUAUUCGAAAGACACUAGUUCACAGAGUCAUAUUAUGAUCAGUUAUGAUCGAUCAUCAUUUGAAAAGUCAAACGACAUAUAUGCUGGUUUAACGGCAUUGGGCUACAAAGUAUGGAUGAAUGUUGCUGAUUUGCAUGGAGAUCUUCUUGAAGCUAUUGCAAAAGCUGUAGAAAACUCGUAUAUCGUAUUAUUAUGUAUCAACGAUGGAUAUUAUAUUAAUCCUUAUUGUCGAAAAGAAGCUGAAUAUGCAGCCGAAAAUUAUAUUCCAUUUAUUCCAUGCAUGAUGCAAGAGAACUUCCGAUGUGAAAGUUGGUUAGGAAUUAUCAAAGGUUCUCAAUUUCAUAUUGAUUUUGUUACGCUACCAUUCGAUAAAGCAUUUGAGAUAUUGAUCAACGAAAUAAAGCAUGUUGAGAAUCAAACAACAUAUGACAUCUAUAGUAGAGCAAAUUCUGUGCAAAUAGUUUCUGCUAGUUCGCCACCUCAACAUCAGUCAGUCAACACUGUUACUCUAUCAGAUUUUGACAAAAUAAUCAAAGAUUAUAAAAAAUCAAUCAAUAAAGCUCACAAUGAUCUCAAACACCUUAAAAGACAUGAAUUAGUUCGAUUGAUCAAAAAGCUACGUGCACUAUUUAAUACUGUGGAAACUAUUAUCGAAGAUUUUAAUUGCCAAGAAUGCAUAAGUAGCACUACGAAUAAUGAUGAGAGCAAUGAAAUUAGUUCAGAGGAUAACUUUAUUUAUAAUCUGUCUCAAUCUCUAAUCGAACAUACAUUAGAGCAACAGAAUACAGAUACUAUACAGUGUCCUACCAUCUAUGACAAUUUUUUGAAUGCGACAAUGUCCGAUUUUUUCGGUGUCGGUUCAAACCAAUCAUCGUUUUUAUUGUGUCGGUUUUUCGGUUUGAAAACGGAAACCGGUGCAUGUCUGGCAACGUCCAGGCGACACUCAUUGCGUACACCAAUUCAAGCGACAACACAAUGA